AUGAGGGAGACAUUAAGAGCAGAAAGCAAAGCAACAAAACAAUCAAUGGGGUCUCCAAUGGCCUCUUUAGUAGCAGCUUUGCUUGUUUUAACAAUCUCUCUCACCUUUGUAUCUCAAUCAACCGCUAACUACUUCUAUUCUUCUCCUCCACCACCGGUUAAGCACUACGAAUACAAAUCCCCUCCUCCUCCGGUUAAGCACUACUCUCCACCACCGGUUUACCACUCCCCACCACCACCAAAGAAGCACUACGAAUACAAAUCUCCUCCUCCUCCGGUUAAGCACUACUCUCCUCCACCGGUUUACCACUCCCCACCACCACCAAAGAAGCACUACGUGUACAAAUCCCCUCCUCCUCCGGUUAAGCAUUACUCUCCCCCACCGGUUUACCACUCUCCACCACCACCAAAGAAGCACUACGUGUACAAAUCCCCUCCUCCUCCGGUUAAACACUAUUCCCCCCCUCCGGUUUACCACUCUCCACCACCACCCAAGAAGCACUACGUCUACAAAUCUCCACCCCCACCGGUUAAGCAUUACUCUUCCCCACCGGUUUACCACUCACCACCACCACCCAAGAAACAUUACGUAUACAAAUCUCCUCCUCCUCCAGUAAAACACUACUCACCCCCUCCAGUUUACCAUUCCCCACCCCCACCUAAAAAGCAUUACGUGUACAAAUCCCCUCCUCCUCCGGUUAAGCACUACUCUCCUCCCCCAGUUUACCACUCUCCACCACCACCAAAGAAACACUACGUGUACAAAUCUCCUCCUCCUCCGGUUAAGCACUACUCUCCUCCCCCGGUUUACCAUUCCCCACCCCCACCCAAGAAACACUACGUCUACAAAUCUCCACCACCACCGGUUAAACAUUACUCUCCCCCUCCAGUUUACCAUUCCCCACCACCACCAAAGAAACAUUACGUAUACAAAUCCCCUCCUCCCCCGGUUAAGCACUACUCUCCUCCUCCGGUUUACCAUUCUCCUCCCCCACCAAAGAAACAUUACGUAUACAAAUCCCCUCCUCCUCCGGUUAAGCACUACUCUCCCCCUCCCGUUUACCAUUCCCCACCACCACCAAAGAAGCACUACGUAUACAAAUCCCCUCCUCCUCCGGUUAAACACUAUUCUCCUCCCCCGGUUUACCAUUCCCCACCGCCACCAAAGUCCACCACUACUCUCCUCCACACCAUCCUUACCUCUACAAAUCUCCUCCUCCUCCAUACCACUAUUAGAAUUCCCUGUCACGGAGAACACGAUGUACACAAGAAGACACAGACAAGACGAAACCGUUAUGGGUGAUUGUAAUAAGAGAAACAUAGAUUGAAAGAGAGAAUCCAAGCAGAGAAAGCUUUCUCAUCAUUUUCGAUGUAUUUUUAGAGUUUUAUUGCAAUAAAUUUGAAACAUGUGUAUGUUGAUCAACUAAUGGUCCUUCAUGCACACAAUCAGUAGUCAUAUAUAAAUGUUUGUAAGUUUACGUCUUGUUGAUUUUUUUCAUGUGCAAGUUUGCUUUGUACAAUUAAUAAAUAAUAAGUUUGUAUCUCCACAAUUUCUCAUGCAUGCAUGCAUGGUCCAUUACUUAUUCUUUAGGGUCCAACUUAAAGAACACAAUUAUAUACAAGUCCAUGGCAAAUAAUAUCUACAAAAAAAUAGUAUUACAAAAAGAGGUAAAUCUGACCUACUUUCAAUCUAACCAAAAAGGUUUUGUUGAUUAGACAGUUAAAGAGGUGGACCUUCAAACGAAAUUAGGGAACGAAUCAAAAUUUUCUUCGUUUCAUUUUCUUUCUUUUGUUUCUUUAUUUAUAUUCUUCCUUUUGUUUUUUCUAUUUGUUAUUAUUUUUUC